AUGCCCCAUCUGCUUCCUCAACUAUCCAUGUCUAAAUCGAUCGAGAUGCUGCAGGAAGGGCAUGUGCACAGGUGUCCGUUCUGCAAGGCGCCAACAUUCUCGGUGGAAUUUCGGGGGAAACGCACAGCAGAGGAGAGAAACGUGGAGCUGGAGGAGGAGCAGAAGGUGAUAGAAGCAAAGAUAAGGAUGCGGCAGGAGGAGGAGGAGGCGUAUGCAGCACGGGUGGCGGAACGCCAGGCGGCAACAGAAGCUGCCUCUUCCCUCAAUUCCUCCUCCACCUCCUCCACGCUCCCUCCCACCACCCCCCCGCCCUCUCGCACUCCUCCUACGCCCCCCACAUCUGCUGCUGCUGCUGCCACGAGUGCUUCGUCAGUAGCAGGCGAAACAGCAGGGGAGACAGGAGAAGCAGCAGAAGCAGCAGCAGCAGAAGCAGCAGCAGCCAGUGGCAGCAGCGACACAGGCAUGGGGGUCCUCCGUUCCUCCCUGCAGCUCUCCUCCUCCGCCUCGUCCUCCUCUCGAGAGAGGGGGGGCAUAGGCCGUUCCACCUCCCGCCCCAGCAGUAACAGCGGCCGCGGUGGUAACCAGACGGCUAGUCACAAUUGGUGGGAGGGGCCGUUUGCAGGAGGGGGAGCAGGGGCGGGAGCAGGGGUGCGGCCGAAUCAUCUGCAUUUGCCGGGUGGGGGAGGGUACUCUCCAGGCGUGAAUGAUGGUGGUGGGAGGUAUGGGGCCGGUGGCGGGACGGGCGGAGUAGGGGGUGGGGAUGGGGGUGAGGUUUGGGUUGGGGGCGUGGUUAGGGGCAUGAUGCCUACAUAUGGUGUGGGAGGGAGUGCUGGUGGCAGGGGAGGGGGGAUGGGAGGAGGGGGAGCAGGGGGGAGAGGGUUAGGGGGAGAGGGAGGCGGAGGAGUGGUCCCAAACUUUGGUGAGUGGCGUGAUGAUGGUGGUGAUGAUGAAGUCGUGUUCUACCGCAACAUGGCCCACCAUCGCCUGGAGUUGGAACGAGCCCGCCGCAGAGCUGCUGCUGCUGCUGCUGCCGCCGCUGCUGCUGGCGCUGCUGGUGGUGCUGGUGGUGUUGGUGCUGGUGGUGCUGGCGCUACAGCCGGUGCUACAGCUGCCUCCUUUUCCUCCCCCACUGGCAGCUCCAGCAGCAGCACCCGAGCCUGGUACCCAGGCUCGGUGGAAGGGGCAGGCUUGGCAGUGGGAGCCAGGGCUGGUUCGGGAAGAUAUGGUUCGGGGUCAGGGAGAGGCGUGGGAGCAGUGGGAGGUGGGCCAGGCGCAACUGGUGCUGCGAGUAGCCAUGGAUCCACCGUCUCUCCCAGGCUCUCCCCUUCGAGAGCGGACGAGCUGGGAGUGGAUUUGGAGGAGCUCUUGCUCAUGGAGGCCAUCUGGCUCUCGCUGCAGGUACGCCUUGCUUCCUCUGCCGCUCUCUGUCCAGAUGCUACCUGCUGUGGGGCUCUGCUUUUCUUGCCUUUCUUGGGAGUGGAUUUGGAAGAGCAGCUGUUGUUCAUGGCGUCCAUUUGUCUCUCCCUCCCCACUUGCCCCUUUCCCCUCGACCCGGCAUCAGGAUCAAGACGAGGCAGCUCCCCGCACAUCAGAUUCAUCUUCAACACCAGCGAUUACUGGGGCCCUUCACGGGCAUCUGCAGCAGCAGCAGCUCAGCAGCAGGAGGGGAUGCAGCGACAGCAGGACAAUUCGCAUGAUGAGGAGGUGAUUGAGAGCUUUCUCAUGCGAGGGAUUGGUGGUGGUGGGGAGGGUGGCUUGGGGGAUGGCAGCGAGAGCACUACUCGUGCUGCUGUUGGUGCAGCUGGUGGUGGUGGUGGUGAAGCGGGUGCAGCGGGGGAGCAAGGAGGGGUGCCGCUGGUUGUUCCCGAUGAUUUUGAAGGGCAAAUGCGCCUUGCGUUGGCACUUUCCCUUCUGGAAGCUGAACAGGUAGCUGCUGCAAGCAGGGGGGAGUAG